AUGGUUGCUGCAGAUGAAAAUACACCCAAGCAGUUAUUGGAAAAUGACCCAAAGAAGAAACACAAUCAUGACUGCCAGGGAUUCAAAAAAAAAGCUGAGGAAGAAAUAGUGAGAUUAAGAUUAGAAAUCGAAAAACUUAAUUUUAGAAUCAACAAUAUAGAGCAUUUGAUAAACUAUUUCGACUCUAAAAAAUUGGGUGACCAAAGGUAG